GCCCGGGCAUGAAGCCGACUUUACCAUCGCCGCUCUGACUGCACUGGGUGACGCCGGCGCACGUUGCUAGCUGGACACGCUUCUCUUAAGAACUUUGCUCGACUUCGCCCAGCUCCCCAUCUCACCGAUUUGAAACACAAACAUGCGUCUGACUAUUCGCGACACCAAGGAGCAGGCUGGCGCCUACAUCGCCGACUACAUCGCCAAGCGCAUCAACGCGUUUACUCCCAAGGAGGGUCACGCCAACUUUGUGCUCGGCCUCCCGACUGGCGGGACGCCCCUUCCUGUGUACAAGCGUCUUGUUGAGCUGUACAACGACCGCAAGGUUUCUUUCAAGGAUGUCAUCACCUUCAACAUGGACGAGUAUGUCGGUAUUCCCCGCGACCACCCCGAGUCGUAUCACACCUUCAUGUUCAAGAACCUGUUCUCGUUGGUUGACAUUGACCCCAAGAACACCAACAUCCUCGAUGGCAACGCCAAGGACCUGCACGCAGAGUGUGAGGCGUACGAGGCCAAGAUCAAGUCGGUGGGCGGCAUCGACCUCUUCCUCGGCGGCAUUGGUGCGGAUGGGCACGUGGCGUUCAACGAGCCGGGGUCGUCGCUGAAGUCGCGCACGCGCAUCAAGACGCUGGCGUACGACACGAUCAUCGCCAACGCGCGCUUCUUCGACAACAACCUCGACCUCGUGCCGCGCAUGGCGCUGACAGUCGGCGUUCAGACCGUCAUGGACGCGUGUGAGGUUGUCCUCCUGGCGACGGGGCAGAACAAGUCGCUCGCCAUCGCGCAGAUGAUCGAGGGCGGCGUCAACCACAUGGUGACGGCAUCCGCGCUGCAGAUGCACCCUUGGGCACUUGUCGUGUGCGACGAGGACGCCACCGCCGAGCUUCGCGUCAAGACCGUCAAGUACUUCAAGAGCAUCGAGAAGGUGCAGGACGAGGUCGACGCCAAGUACGGCGAGAACACGCUCCGCUUCAACCACCCCACCCAGAUCUAGAUAGGCUCGUCUGUAUUAGUAGGCGGUGCGCCAGGGCGCCGUCUGUAGUGUAUCCGCAGAUAAGUAUGCUUCUGCUGUGUUCG